CUGGCGGACAUCCGUUCGGGCGUUCCCUUGAAUCGCGUGGAAGUGACGGAAAGCGAGCGCAACAAAGACGCGCACGAACUCAUCCUCGACUUCAUCCGCGCGCGCCCUUCGCUGCAGUCGGCGGAGCGCCGGCAGUUGGCGCCACCGCCGCUCAAACAGGAAACCCUUUACGAGAAACUCAUGUUUUCCAUUCGGCAGAAACACAAACUCAAACCCGUUCCCAAACCCGCCGAAUGCGCGCCACCGCCCGACGACGGCUGUUCGCGGGUCGCCGACCGCGAGACGACGCCUGCGCCGCAGCGACGCCUCAUUAAAGCGAAUCUCAGGCUUUCGUUCGAGUCGUUCGACGACACGACGACAGACGACGACGCGAACGACGUCUCGGAAACGACAGAAGACGACGGAAAGAGAUUUUCGCUCAAAAAACUUUCUCGGCUUUUAUCUCAAGAGAGAAGACAUUCGAUUAGUGUUUGCGAAACUCCGCGCGAAGAGCUGGACGUGAACGAAGACGCGCGCCAACACGUGGUGUCCAUCUGGGAGUCGUGCGAUUGGGGGCGCGCUCUCCAGUGUCUCUCCCUCUCCCUGCAAGAAGUGCAACACAUCCGCAACGUUCUGACCAAAGCCGAGUUGGAGACGCUGGCCGUGACGAAGGACUUGCGUUCGGAUCUGGAGAACGGCAAGAUCUGCUUCACGUGUCUCAAGACGCGCUUUUCCUUCUUCGGCCAGUGGCCGAAAGAGUGCCAGAUCUGCAAACGCGUCGUCUGCGAGCGGUGCGCCACCAAAAUGCACAUUCCGUUCGCCAACUUCGACAAAGUGCCCAUCUACAUGCUGUCGCCCACGCCGUCGCCGCCAGAGCCCCGCAAACCCUUUCCCGAACCCCGAGCCCAGACCACGGCCUCCGCGGCCAAGCGGUGGCGCUCUCUGCGCUCUAAUGACGCCGUUCUGGUGGACGCCGCGGACCGGAAGUCGGGCCCUCUGGCCAGAGUGUGCCGCGACUGCAAGCGUCUGGUCAGACACCUGAUAGACGCGGGCGCGCAGAACUGGAAGCACUGACGUCACGAUCUCUACCUCUACUCUAACUGUUAUAUUGUAUUCAUAAAUGUUGUUACGAUUGCUGUAAAUAAAGACGUAAUUCGUGUACAAACACAAGAAUGGAGGUCGAGGUGACGCUCAGCGACCAGAAGCUCAUCAACCGCUUCGCGCGCCUCAACGCCAAGUGCGAGGAACUGGAGGCCGACCUGAAGGCCAACGACCGCAAAGUCGACAACUUCUCGGAGGCGUUGGACGAGAUGGCGUUGGAGGACGACGACCAGUGGAUCCGCUCGGGCGACGUGUUCGCGCGCAUGUCUGCCGCAGACGCGCAGCAAUGGGUGGAAGGGCUGCGACGGGCGCUGCAGAGCGCGGGCGAAGACACGCGCCGUCGAGUGGUGGCGAUGCGCGACGAGAUGGCGGACAUCAAGACGACCC